UUAGGAUAUAUUACUUUCUGGACGUGAGGUUACAACAUGUAUUAAGUGGAAUCAACUGAGUUUCUUAACGUGUGCUUUCAGAUAAUUUAUGUAACCAUAGACCAACAAUUUGUUGGUCGCAUCGGAGACGCAGAUAAUUUGACACAGAUUUCGACCGCGCGGAAUGUCGGUUUGUAGGUCACACGAUAAAUUUUGACCAAUCAAAAAGGCGCUCUUAGGGGGCGCGUCAACAACGUCAACACCUCGCGAAUCGGACCAAAACAGUGUUAUUGUUUAGAUAAUACGGUCAGGAAACUCCGAUUUACUCGAACAAAAUAAUUAUUUGUGAUCACUAUUUAAAUAAAAGUGUCGUUGUGUUCGGUAUGAAUUUCUCGUUCGCAGGAUGUGGCUUUCUCGGAAUAUAUCACGUUGGAGUGGCUAGUUGCCUUCGACAGCAUGCACCACAUCUGAUCGAGACCUGUCAGUUCGCAGGGGCAAGUGCUGGGGCCAUUGUAUCCUGCUGCUUGAUAUGUAACUGCUGUUUAGGUGACUGUACAACAUUUACACUCCGGCUGGCAACAAAGGCUCGUUCAUCCACUCUUGGACCUCUUCAUCCGCGUUUCAAGAUCGUCAAAAUCCUCAGAGAAGCCUUACGAGAAGUAUUACCAGACAAUGCACAUGAAAUCGCCAGUGGAAAGCUUCACAUUUCACUCACAAGAGUCAGUGAUUGGAAAAAUGUUGUUGUAUCCGAAUACAGCUCAAAGGAAGAGCUGAUUCAGGCGUUGAUGUGUAGCGCCCAUGUUCCAUUCUACUCUGGCUUGGUUCCUCCAAUGUUUCGAGGCGUGAGGUAUGUGGAUGGUGGUCUCAGUGACAACAUUCCUGCCAUCAACGAGCAGACGGUCUCCAUUUCCCCGUUCUCCGGGGAGAGCGAUAUCUGCCCCAAGGAUCUGUCUGCCAACACGAACCACAUAUACCUGGCCAACACAAGCAUGCAAUGGACGAUGGAGAAUGUGUACCGAUUGUCCCGUGCACUGUUUCCGCCUCACCCGGCUAUACUUAGUGAUAUGUGCCAGCAAGGCUUUGAUGAUACACUCAAGUACCUGCAGAACAACAAUCUGUUAUCCUGCGUGCGCCACCUCAGUGUUCGCAGCGUGAUACGUCAGGUCAAGGUGCCUGUCAUGGAGAUGGAGCCCACACCUGUGACCUCCUACCCAGAACUUGAUAUGCCCAGUAUGUCCUGUGUGCCAAGUACGUCCGAUGCAUCGUGUAUGGCUAGUACGUCGGGGCUGGCUCGUAGGUCUGGUAUAUCCUGUGAGGAGCAGGGUGAGGAUUGUGACCAACACAACUGCCACGAGUGUAAGAGGAAAAGACAUAUGGCUCUAGUGGACAAGCUGCCCCACAAAGUGGGCUCCGCCCUGCAGGAGGCAAUAGAUGACAUGAAUAGGGGCCUGAAGGGCUAUGUGCACCGACACCGCAGUCUGAAGAUCCUCUCCAUGCUGGCCACAACAUGGUUCCUGCCUGUAGACAUGAGCCUCACAUUUGCAGUCAGGUUUCUGGAGUAUCUACCUCACCUGCCACGUGAUGUUCAGGCUGUAUACAAGGAGACUGCUGACAUCUUGCGUUAUCUUGUGACAAAUAUCAGAAACCAUCAACGCAGAUAUACGGCCAGGUUCACAUGCCAACUUGCAAUCACUGAGAUCAACUACAACAUUGAACGAUAUCUGCCCCACACCAUCCCCCCAGCACAGGUCACAGAGUCCAACAAACCAUCCAAUAUCCGCAACCUGAAUUUCGAAUUUGCUGUCGACCUUGACACAAAGAACCAGUCCCAGUCCAAGAAUGAUUCAGUUACGCUUGAUCAUUUACCUCUUCAUCGGGAUGUUGUUCUUGCGCCUUUACCUGGGUCCCGGCCAAGGGCUGACAGUAUAAGUGCCAGACUUAAUUCACCACUGAUGUUGAAGAAGCAUUUAAAGAGUUCAGGUCUAAAUGCGGAGUGGUUUGACACAUUUGAGCAGUGCCUUCAUGUCACAAACCAGAUGGAGGCUGUCAUGGCAUACCAUUACAGAGAUGAGGGAAACACAGGAUGUUACAUGUUUGAAGAGAUAUAUUCAUUCGCUGAUGGUGAUAUUGAAAUGGGAUGCGAAGAUAAUCAACCCGAAACUGUUGACUUUCCGGAAAGGCCAAGGAGUUGGUCUGAAGGUCAUUGUGACAAGAAAUUCAAACUGAACCACUUGGAGAAGGAUAUAGAAGAGUUUCUAGAUCAAAGGGCAAGUAUUGUUUUGAAGGAAGAAGAUGUAAUAAAAACUAGUUCGUAAUGCUAAAGUUGAAGUGGGGAUGAAAUAAUUCUAUGUUUAUUAUUAUGCCCACCUUCGAAGAAGAGGGGGUAUAUUGCUUUGCACAUGUAGGUCAGUCGGUCCGUCCACCAGUGGUUUCCGGAUAAUUACUCAAGAACGCUUAGGCCAAGGAUCAUGAAACUGCAUAGGUACAUUGAUCAUGACUCGCAGAUGACCCCUAUUGAUUUUCAGGUCACUAGGUCAAAGGUCUAGGUCACGGUGAUCCGAAACAGUAAAAUGGUUUCCGGGUGAUAACUCAAGAAUGCUUAGGCCUAGGAUCAUGAAAAUUGAUAGGUAGAUUGAUCAUGACUCGCAGAUGACC